ACAGGUGUUUCGGUGGCUGCUGCGCAUUAGGGCGCAGUCGCUGUGCUGCCUCUGCCGCGAGCGCAUCGUGGGUCCGUUACUGUCCGUGCACGCGCUGACCGCUGAUCCCUGAGCACUUUGAGAAGAGAAGAGAAAAGAGAAGAUGCGGCAGCGCGCGCGAGAAGCGCCGGCGGACAGUGCCUCGCGCUGGUGUUCAGAGCACGUCUGAACUCCUCGGCUCGUGAGAAGAACUGUGGAGCAACUUUCCGUGCCUGCCCGCGCCCGCGUGCAUGCGUGCGUGCUUCCUUUUGUGCGUUUACUCCCUCAAUCGCUGUGAUCGGUAUUUUUGAUUUAUUGGAUUUGCGCGUUUUUUUUAUCUAGCGGACAAUGACGCUCACAGUCACAUGAGAACUUGGAUGGGAGCGGAGCACGCGGAAACACUGUUGUAGACCCCCCGCCGUGGAGGAGGCGAGGUGUGUGUGGUGGUGGUGGUCGUGGUGGGGGGAAAGCCCCUGUCUUUCUCUCGUGCGGUAGACCCCCGCCGUCAAACUGGCCAUGGCGGCGGCGAUCGCGAGCUCCCUAAUUCGCCAGAAGAGGCAGGCGAGGGAGCGCGAGAAGUCCAACGCCUGCCGCUGCGUGAGCAGCCCCAGCAAAAAUAAAGGCGCGUGCGAGAAGCCCAGCCGCCUCAGUGUCUUCUCCAGAGUCAAGCUCUUUGGCUCCAAAAAGCGCAGGAGGAGACGACCAGAGCCCCAGCUGAAGGGGAUCGUGACGAAGCUGUACAGCCGUCAGGGCUUCCAUUUGCAGCUCCAGGCAGAUGGAACCAUCGACGGAACGAAAGAGGAGGACAGUGGUUUCACCAUGUUCAACCUCAUCCCUGUGGGUCUGCGAGUGGUAGCCAUCCAGGGGGUCCAGACCAAACUCUACCUGGCCAUGAACAGCGAGGGCUACCUGUACACAUCAGAACAUUUCACGCCGGAGUGUAAGUUUAAGGAGUCUGUGUUUGAAAACUACUACGUGACAUACUCCUCCAUGAUCUACAGACAGCAGCAGUCGGGCAGGGGCUGGUACCUGGGCCUGAACAAGGAGGGAGAGAUCAUGAAGGGGAACCACGUCAAGAAGAACAAGCCUGCCGCACACUUCCUACCCAAGCCUUUGAAAGUAACCAUGUACCGGGAGCCCUCUCUGCAUGACCUGACUGAGUUCUCGCGCUCCGGCAGCGGUACACCCACUAAGAGCCGGAGUGCCUCGGCCGUCCUCAAUGGAGGCAAAGCUGUGAGUCAGAACGAGUCCACGUAGCCCAGCUCGCCCGGCCCGCUUUUACCCUACGCCUUCACCAAAACCUCCGGACGCUCGUGACUUCACGCAGACUUCUCUCCAAAAUCAAGAAAAAAAAUUAACGUAAAAAAAAAUACGAAAAGGAAAAAAAAAAAAAAUCAAAAAUCAAAGCUCUCAGUGGUUCAGGACAAAGACUAGCUAAUUGCAUUGCGACGCCACACCGUUCCUCAACCUAGAGUACCGUUCUGACCGGUCGGUUUUGCGUUGGAUCGCUGUAGGUUUUAGACUUUACUUUUACACCAUGGUAAAUGGCAACUUGCUUAAGAGCAAACCAUGAAAAUUGUAGCCUUUGAUAUGACUGGGCAUUCAGCGUCGGCCCUCUCAGGUUGGUAAUAGCGCGCCACUCUGAGUUGGGUUUUAUUUAUUUUUUCAGAUUUUUUUUUAUUUAUAUUUUUUGGGGUUUGUUGUUAAGGAUCAGAAGUGACCCAGAAUCAUUAUGCUAGGUCUGAAUGCAGUUGAGGAGGGCAGUGAGUGAGCUGAUUGGUUUAGCUGCUUGGGCGUGGCUUUGGGUGAAAGGGUAAAAAGAGGCGCCCGGGUCCUCCAUGCUUCCCUAGUGUGAAGCCUCUGUUGCACGGGGUAUGGCACUAGCCACUAACUGCUAGUCGCUAAGUGCUAGCCGCUACCUGCUAGCUCUCCUACAUUCUAGUGCACUUGCUCAGAGGGGUUGAUCCUCAGCAGCAUGGGAAUCUUAAAGCCUGCACCACGCUCACUUCAGAAAAUGGGAAGCUCCGCCUCUCGAAUUACAUUACAUUACAUUACAUUACAUUACAUUACAUUUGGCAGACGCUUUUGUCCAAAGCGACUUACAAUAGUCAAGUACAAUGUAAAAUAAGUUUAAAGGUAAAACAUCUUUGGAUAGGGAUAAAAGGAGGUCAAAGGGGAAUAAUAGGAUAGAGGAGUGAAGGAGGGGAAGAAGGAAAUGGGGUUAGAAGUAGUUAGUGUGUUAGAGGUGUUAAGAGAGUAAGUGCUCUUUGAAGAGCUCUGUCUUCAGGAGUUUAUUAAAGAUAGCGAGAGAUUCUCCUGAUCUGGUAGUGGAAGGUAGUUUGUUCCACCAUUGGGGAACUCUGUAUGAGAACAGUCUGGAUUGCUUUGUGUGAAUGUUUGGCAAAGCGAGGCGACGUUCAUUGGAGGAGCGCAGCGGCCGGGAGGUAGCGUAAGCCUUCAGGAGCGAGUGCAGGUAGGAAGGAGCCUGUACUGUCAUCACCUUGUAGGCGAUUGUAAGAGCUUUGAAUUUGAUGCGAGCAUCAACUGGUAGCCAGUGGAGCUCAAUGAGCAGCGGGGUGACAUGUGCCUGUUUUGGUUGGUUGAAGACCAGACGUGCUGCUGCGUUCUGGAUCAUCUGGAGUGGUUUUACUACACAGGCCGGGAGGCCAGUUAGGAGGGCAUUGCAGUAGUCAGAAUUUAGCAGUGAGAGGUACGCUGCUUUACCCUGUUGCUAUGCUAAUUGUUUGAAUUAGCUGUGAGCGUUUGUGACCCGUCAGCCCUUCGUGUCAUUCUCUACACUACAAAAAUCUUGGCAGGUAAAGUCAUGCAAAAUUUGAUUAAAGGUAAUAUGUGUAGUACAUUUCUAAUUUAAAGAUUGUUGUGUUUUAAAAGAUUAUCCAACCCAUUUCCAUAAAUGUAUACUUAAUUUGAGUAAAUGUCAGACAAUUUAAAACCUAAAGCAGAUUUGACUAUGCAGAUUUUAAGGUCAAGACUAAUUUCUCAAGUAAACACAAAAUCACAACUGCAACUUAACUAAAAAAAGAAAAAAAAAAAAAAAACUUUUUUCUCAAUGUUACAGUUAAUGUUCUUAGAAUGUUCAAUCUGCCAAGUGUUCUGGGUGUUCUUUUUAUUCAGUGUUUUGCAAUGUUACUUUUAAACUUUAAAGCUGCCAAAAUGUUAGUAUGCAUCUAGGUGGGAACAUUUAUGUGAGAAAUGUUCUAUGUUACAUUCGAUAUCUAUAUAACAUUGCGAUACAAACUGUUUUCAAAACGUUCUGGAACAUUAUUUCUAUAACAUUCUGUAACCUUUCUAGAAUGGAACAUAAAUCUGGCAAGAGCUCUGACAAUUUUUAGCAUAUUAACAAUAUACUGUUUUUCAAAGACAGUAUAUUUCUCACUUCGCAGUUGUGUUUAAAGAGUAAAUUACAGCAAUUUAUAUUUUGUCUUCUGGGAGGUGCCUCAGAGGGUUAAAAAAAUCUUUCAGAAAGUUGAAUAAUCGUUUUUAAAACAUUCUUACAGUGAGAAGUACCACUAUUACCGAUAUUACCCAAAUUUAUGAUUUUACUUGCCAAUUUAGAAUUUUUACUUUUUUUUUGCUUUGCAUCCCACCCCAACCAAACAGUGUUCCGGUGUUACUUUCUUCUGAUGCUUCUAAACCAGUGAAUGGAGAUUCCAGCACACCAAAGACAAAAGUGUAAGAGAGACCCUUUAAGAAGUUGAACCACGGCAGUAUACAUGCAUGCCAGGGAGUGAUGAAGCGCAGCGCUCGUGCAGUUAUGCCUGCUUGUCUGGUAGAUUGGAGGAGCAGCAGGUUGGAGGUGUGGAGGAGAGGGCUCGGUGUUUAGAUGAUGUGCUUUUGCUGAUGCUGAUGUGCGAGAGGACUGUUAUGUGUUAUACUCAUCUCGUCUCCUUUGAUUUACGUUGUCUCUGUCUAAACCUCUGUCUUCAGCUCAUCUGAGUGCUCAUCUUCUGUCUGUCCUGGAGACUAUCCUGUCCUGUCCUUCAGCUGAAGCUGGUCACCAUUACCAUUCAUUAUAAAGCGAGCAGUGACCAGUACGAUGAGGCAGGACCCCCAACUCUUCACCCACCCCCCCCCCCUUCCCCAUAUUUCACUGCUCCUAGCAUAAUCCGUCCCACCCUCUUGGCCCACCAACCCCCUGGACUCCAUUUUUGUGUAUGAGUAACUUAUUGUGACAGUUUUCUAUUAAAAUAAAUCAAAUAAAUGGCAAAAAAAUACUGUGGAAUUUUAGGUGGCUUAACAUUUUAUAGGAUAUGUCUUAUUUGUAAAAGUAAAAAAAAAAAUCUUGAAAAUGAAGAAAAAAAAAUGUAACCUCUCUUGUACAGGGCAUGUACAAAAUCCAGUUGUGUACAACGAGGACCCUUUUUGUGGGCUACUGUACGUACUCUUUCCCUCUGGAAAUAUACAUUUUGUUCACAACUGCUACAGGGGGGCUUUUCUCUCAGCUGUUUCCUUCUGAGCUUUUUCUCUUUUUUGUUUUGUUUUUUUCUUUACUUGUUUUAAUAAUUUUUGUUUUUUUUCAAACAUAUCUGUUGCAUGGGAGACAGCAGGAACUGGAGGAUUAGAGCUGCAUGAUGUAGGCUAUGUGUAUUAAUCCCAUGUUGGAUCAUCUGUUCCAAACUACCAGGAAUUAAAGAGGAAAACAACACGUACUGAUGGGCGCUCGGCCUGGUACCUUCCAGUUGUUUCUUAUUUGUUGUAUACACAAAAUGCACUGAAUAAAAUGUUUAUAUUAAGCUAUACUUUUAAAA